CAUUCUCCCGAUUGCUUUAUUUUCUAGACGAUAUUUAUUGCGAAGCUGCGUUAUAUUUUUGCAGUUUUUCGUUGUUUAAGCUGAAGAAAUGUUGAUUUACGUGUUAUUAUUAACAGUGAUUUUAAUAGCUUUACUGAAUGGCUAUAAUUUUUUUAAGAAAUUUUACACAGAUAGGAAACACGUGGAAGGGAUUCAUGGCCCUCCGGAGAAAUUCUUUUUCGGACAUAUGUACAUUCUAAUGGCAGAUAAAGAUGAAAUGUUUACUAGAGCUCGGAAAUUUGCCAAACUAUAUUAUCCAAUUUAUCGUUUCUCGACCCUCUACGUCAACAUUAUCAACUUUCUGGAGCCCGACGACAUCGAAUUGAUUUUGUCCUCCACCAAACACUUAACCAAAAGCAAAAUUUAUAUGUUCUUGCACAACUGGCUAGGAACGGGUCUUUUGACAAGCACAGGAGCCAAGUGGCACAAAAGGCGCAAAAUUCUAACACCCGCUUUCCACUUCAGUAUUCUGCAACAAUUCUUGAACAUUUUUAACAACGAAACUGUUAAAUUAGUCGAGAAACUCGACGACGAGUGUGGCAAGAUCAUCGACGUGGUACCACCCGUCACCAAUUUUACUCUACAGUCAAUCGCGGAGACGGCAAUGGGUCUGAGUACCAUCGACGAUUCCACACGGAAAAAAUACAAAGAGGCGAUUUACGAAAUCGGGCGGAUUUUUCUAAGUAGGUUGGAAAAACCGUGGUACCGUAUCAAUGCCAUCUACAACAUGAGCAAAUUAGCGAAAAAGGAAAGCUCCGUCAUCAAGGUACUUCACGAUUUUUCCAAUAACAUAAUCGCGGAACGGGAAAAAGAAAUCACGAGCAUUUCCGACCACUUGAGUACUUAUUCUAAGAAGAAACGACUGGCGAUGUUGGAUUUGUUGUUGUCGGCUAAGCAUGACGGUGCGGAUAUCGAUCAUGAAGGAAUACGCGAAGAGGUUGACACUUUCAUGUUUGAGGGCCACGACACCACCUCCAUGGGCAUUUCGUUCCUACUUUUGGUACUCGCUAACCUCCAAGACGUUCAAGCUAACGUCUUAGACGAAAUCCUGUCGGUACUCGGUCCAACCAAAGUACCCACUUACGACGACUUACAAGAACUAAAAUACACGGAAAGGUGCAUCAAAGAAACCCUGCGCCUGUUCCCCAGUGUUCCUUUGAUUUCUAGGUACGCAGGUGAAGAGUUUGUUACCAAAACCGGCUACACAAUCCCGAAGGACACAGUAAUGCACAUACACAUCUUCGACGUCCAUCGCAACGAGAAGAUUUAUCCUGAUCCUUUGAAGUUCGAUCCUGAUCGGUUCCUGCCGGAGAUCGCCAACGCGAGACAUCCUUUCGCCUAUAUUCCUUUCAGUGCAGGCCCUCGGAACUGUAUCGGACAAAGGUUCGCCCUAAUGGAACUGAAAACUGUGCUUUGUGGGGUUUUGAGGAAGUUCAAGCUGGAGAAGGUUGAUGACAUGAAUGACGUGGAGUUUAGACCAGACUUGGUACUUCGACCCAUGAGAGAUGUCAAAGUCAAAAUUUUGCCCCGAAGCUUAGAGAAUUCUUAAAUUUGUUAUAGUUUUUCAAUAAAAUAAAUUCGGCUGUUUUAUUAUGUUA